AUGCUUUAUUUGAGAGACUAUCCCUUUGUUCCAUCAUGCCUUGAUGGUGUGAGAUCUAAAGAGGCCACAUUUGGAUUUACCCUCCUCACAUUUGGAUUGGGUUUGGUGCUGGAUUUGCAGGAUCUUGCAACAUGGAGGUGUGUAUUCAGAAGCAUUUGAGAGAAAUUUGGUUUCUCCUCCAUCUGGCAGCUUGCGUAGCCAGUUUGAAUGGGAGAUGCAGUCUUUUUGGGCGACACCACAUUCACACGUUUGACGGUGUUUUAUACGAGUUUCCUGGAGACUGCAGUUACCUCCUGGCUGGGGACUGCAGCCAUCGGUCCUUCACGCUGCUGGGUGAUUUUGUGAACGGGAAAAGAACAGGGAUCACUCUCUUUCUGGGGGAUGCCUUUGAGCUACACCUGUCUGUUGAUGGACAACUCUCACAAGGAGACAAGAGACUGUCACUGCCAUAUGCCUCGCAUGCUGUGUUUGCGGGAUCCGAGCUGGGAUUCUUCAAACUCUGGAGUGAGGAGUUUAGCUUCACUGUUACCAUUGACAGUGAUGCCAACAUCGCCUUGACACUGUCCAAAAACCAUGCCAACCACACCUGUGGACUGUGUGGCAACUUCAACUCUGUGGCAGCUGAUGAAUAUACCGCACAAGAAGGAUUUAUAACAGAGGACAAUUAUGACUUUGCAAAUUCAUGGGCAGUGAAGGGAGCAAGGCAGGCGUGCCGACGAGUCACAGCACCCACCCAAUCCUGUAACAGCACGAAAGAGACUUCCACGAUUCUGUCAGGCUGCAGUGUGUUGCAGACCUCCAGUGUGUUCCUGCGCUGUGCUUACCUGGUCUCUCCUGAGGCCUUCCUGGUGUUGUGCCAGGAGGCGGCGUGUCACUGCGACAAGAGGCAGGGCUCAGACUGCUACUGCUCAGUGCUGUUGGAAUACGCCCGCACGUGUCACACCCAUGGGAUACUGCUGCAUGGCUGGCUAAAGGAGAGCCAAUGCUUCCCCAAAUGUCCUACUGGGAUGCAGUACAGUGAAUGCAUCAAGUCCUGCUCCACAACCUGCCAGAGUCUCAACAUCCAGGAGGUCUGCAAAGAAGAGUGUGUAGAUGGCUGCACAUGUCCUGUGGGAAAGGUUUUGGAUGGCAAUCACUGUGUACACACAUCUCAGUGUUCCUGUGUGCACAUGGGGCGACGUUUCCCUCCAGGAUCUAGUAUCUCUCAGGACUGCAACACCUGUGUGUGUCGUCACGGUUCCUGGGAGUGCACCAAUGAAGGCUGCCCUGGCGAGUGUUUGGUUGUGGGCCAAUCACACUUCAAGACAUUUGACAAUAAGUUCUUUACCUUUACUGGCCAGUGUCAGUAUCUGCUGGCCAGGGACUGCACAGACGGACAGUUUUCUGUCAUUAUCGAGAGCGUGCAGUGUGCAGAUGAUCAGGAUGCUGUGUGCACACGCUCUGUGACGCUCAGUCUGUCCUCUCUGGACGACAUGACAGUGAAGCUAAAGCACGGAGGCGUGGUCUCUGUCAAUGGCAUGGACAUCCAGGCCCCAAUGCAUCAUGGCCAUCUGCAUAUCCAGAGAACUGUUCAGUCAUCAGUACGUGUAAAGUUUGGAAAUGACCUUCGUCUGGACUGGGAUGGGCGGGGCCGAGUGCUCUUAAAGCUUGGAACAAAAUGGGCGGGGCAGACCUGCGGUCUCUGUGGAAACUACAAUGGUAACCAAGGUGAUGACUUCUUGUCUGAUGCUGGGCUGGUUGAGGCAGGGCCUCAAACAUUUGGCCAAUCUUGGAGGAUCAAUGGAGACUGUGAAACCAUCCGUAGACCUGAGACAGAUCCAUGUGCUGUCAACCCCAAAAGAGUGCGUUUUGCAGAAGAGGCGUGCUCUGUGAUGAUGUCUGAAGUGUUCAGCCCGUGUCAUUUCCUGGUGAACCCAGGACCGUUCCAGCGGUUCUGCCGUUAUGACGUGUGUGCAUGUGUGGACGGUGAGCGGUGCCUCUGCUCUGCUCUGUCGGCGUAUGCAGCUGCCUGUGCUGCCAGAGGAGUCCUGCUCAGCUGGAGAUCUCCUUCGCUCUGUGAGCUGGAGUGCAGCGGCGGGCGGGUGUACGAGGCCUGUGGGAGCUCGUGUGACCGUACGUGUCGCUCGCUGUCUGGGUAUGAAGCAGGGUGCGGGCAGGAGAGGGUUUGUGAGGAGGGUUGCUUCUGCCCCGUUGGACAGUACCUGAGUGACUCUGGACAAUGCCUAACAGCUGACCUGUGCACCUGCCUGCACGACGGCCAGAUCUACCAGCCCAAUGACGUCUACGCCGAUCACAGCAGCAUCUGCUACUGUGAAAAUGGGACCAUGCGCUGCAGUUCCACCGACGUUAGCAAUACUUUUCUGUCUGAUCUCUUCUAUGAUGACGACGUGGCACCAUCCAGAGAGCGGCGGUCAGCACCCUGCCCUCCUCCACUGGUGCAUGCAGACUGUGACACAGGAGAAAAAGGUCUGGAGUGUGCAAGAACCUGCCAAAAUCUGGAUCUGCCCUGCGUCAGCCUGGCCUGCAUCCCGGGCUGCCUGUGUCCGCCUGGCAUGGUUCGUCACCACAAAGACUGCAUUGCACCAGAACAGUGUCCCUGUUACUAUAACAACAGGCCUUAUGCAUCAGGACAGAUGAUCACUGUGGACUGCAACCGCUGUGUGUGCGAGAAGAGGAAGUGGCGCUGCACUGGAAAGGAGUGUGAUGGGGUGUGUCACACUGUCGGGGAGAGCCAUUACAUCACUUUUGAUGGGCUCAAGCACUCCUUCCCAGGCCUCUGCCAGUACGUCCUAGUCCAGGACAUGUGUAAUGGGGAGGAGGGUUCGUUUCGAAUACUGGUGGAGAAUGAGGCCUGUGGAAUUGUGGGACAUCGAUGCGCAAAAGCUGUUACAGUCUUCUACCAGGGAGGCUUAAUUACAAUGCAGCACGGAGAGGUAACAAUGAAGAACCCAGUGCUCCAUGGUACAGAGGUAGAAAUUAUCCGAUCUGGGCAGUUCUACACCCUGCUGCUGGGGAAACACAUUUCUGUCAGUUGGGACAGGGGAACCCACCUGCUGGUCCACAUCUCAGCUAAGUACAGGGAGCGACUGUGCGGUCUGUGUGGGAAUUUUGAUGGGAACGUCAACAAUGACAUGAUGAGCAGUAACAAACAACUGGAGGUGGACUCCGCCCACUUUGGAAAUUCCUGGAAGGUCAAACCGAGCUGUGCUGAUGUAACCGAGGUGCCUCCUCCUUGUGGUGACAACAUUAUUAAGUUGGUAACAGUGGAGCAGUCGUGCCGUGUGCUCACUGGUUCCCUCUUCAGAGAAUGCAACAGAGUGGUGGACGCGGAGCCGUACGUAGAGAUGUGUGUGGAAGCAGCUUGUUCCUGUGAGUCCGUGGGCGACUGCAUGUGUUUCUGUGAUGUCAUAGCGGCAUACGCUCAGGCUUGUUCAGAGAAGGGUGUGUCCGUCACCUGGAGAUCCAACCAACUUUGCCCUAUGAGCUGUGAAGAGCUGAACCCUAAAGGCCAAGGUUUAGGGGAAGAGUUGUGCCAGUGGAGGUAUAAUAGCUGUGGACCUGCCUGUCCGAUCACCUGCCAGCACCCAGAGCCUCUCCGGUGUUCACUCACAUGUGUUGAAGGUUGCCAUGCCAACUGCCCACCAGGUCAACUCCUAGAUGAGGUGGCCAUGCGUUGCGUGGAGCCUUCAGAUUGUCAUAUAUGUGUCCAUGAGGGUCAGAGAAUCUCCCACGGCAACAAAGUCAUCCUCAACCACAAUGAUCCAGACCACUGCAAAAUAUGUCAUUGCAAAAACAAUACCUUGAGCUGUGAAGAUUGCACCACCUUCACCAGCGUCACCACUUCUACCCCAGCCCCCUUCUGGACAACCUCCUCUGCAAUGCUGUUCUCAACCAUGAUGCCUGAAGGCACAUGUGACCGUGCAAUGGAUCUGGCUUUCUUACUGGAUGGUUCAGCAGCUCUGAGCGAAGAUGAGUUUCAGGCAACCAAAGCAUUUAUACUGGGAGUGAUUGAGAGAUUCCGCAUGGGCUCAGCUCACACUCGAGCCACAGUGUUACUUUACCACUCCGGAGUCAAGACAUACGAUCUACAGGUUCAAAAGUGGCUCUUUAAGAAGACUGUGCAAGAACUGCAUUACACAGGUGGAAAUGCAGCCUUCUUGGAUGAGGCUGUCAAAUAUCUCGCCAUCAACAUCUAUGACAAGAACAAGCGUGAGCACGCUGGCCGCAUUGCCAUCAUUUUGACUGCCAGUCCAAACCCCCGUCCUGUACGCACCACUACUAAGAUGAUCCGCAAGAAAUCGAUCACCACUCUACUGGUGGCACUGGGUCCUGGUGUCAACAUGGGACAAAUUAGCGAGAUCACCAAAGCCAAUCCAGACAACAGGGCCUACGUGUUAAGCAGCACAGCUGAACUGUCUGAUCGACUGUUAGAGUUGACAGAUUACCUCUGCACCUUGGGGUUAGAACCUGAGGUGGUUAAACCUGCAACAUCUCAGCCAAUACAAGUCAAACCUCCCCAGAGAACAACCACCACUAUCCAGUCUCCUCAUCUGGAGCCCAACCCUACACAACAUCUCUCCAACAUUCCAACUACUACCUCACUCCCUGAGCUGCCUCUCAUUACCACUUCACCCUCUUUCGCAAAACCAACCAAAGAUGUAACAUUUAUCCUGGAAGGCUCUGAUUCGGUUGGCGAGAUUAACUUUAACAAGUCGCUCCAGUUCCUGGAGGAGGUCCUCUCACAGCUGACUGAAGAGGAGGAGGUCAUUCGGAUUACUGUGAUCCAGUAUUCAGUAACAGUCACUGUGGAGAUCAGACGUUGGGAAUUGAGAUGGCAGAAGAAUCUGCUGCUGCAAAGGCUGAGAAACAUUCGCUGGAGGGGUGGAAGUAAGACAAACACAGGUGCAGCGGUGACCACGAUCAUCAAGGAAAUGUCUACAGUCCAGCCUUCACAAGGUCCCACCCCUCCUCAGCUGGUCUUCCUUGUGACAGAGAACCCACCUACUGACACAGUGUCACGUCCACCAUCUUCCAGCACAUACACACAUGUUUAUCCCAUUGGAGUUGGACAAAAGGUACGUGAAAUCGACUUACUGCCCUACAGCUUCCCGCAGCACCCGAUUAUGGUGGAUGACUACAACCACCUCAAGUCUGUGGUCCACAGAGUGGUCAAUAUCACACGCACCACAGUCAGACCCCGCUUCCCUACACUGCCACCUCCUGUCUUCUCAACCCUGCCACCAUCAGUGCCAUGUGAGAAACCCAUGGACGUGCUGUUUCUGUUGAAGGCUGGCGAGCAGUUUGAGGACAUGAAGACGUUUGUCAAAGCGUUCAUCAAUAAUGCCAAUAUAGAGCUGAACGGCACACAUGUGAGCGUGGCUCAGUAUGGAAGAAGCAACACAGCCGACAUCACCUGGAACAAAGAACAGAGAAAACCGCACCUUCUGAAUUUGGUAGAGAGGAUGCAAAGCAGGGCUGCAGCUGCCCCUGCACUUGGCUCUGCACUGCGAUUUGCUGUGCAAACUGCCAUUUCACCAAACAGUGGAGGAAGACCAGGUGUGGCCAAGGUGGUGGUGAUGCUGGUGACUCAGAAGUCAACUGAUAACAUCAAAGCAGCAGCUGUUGAAGCAAUGGCAGCAGGUGUGUCGGUGUUCCCCAUCGGGAUAGGUCCAGGUUAUGAUACGAGUGAGCUUAGUGUGCUCGGUCGUUCUGGCACACAAGACAACAGUCUCCACUUAAAUAGCAUGGACCAGUUACUGAUGCUGCUAACUUUGGACCACAGUUACAAAGAAAGAAUCUGCAAAGCUGGUCCACCAGGAGUGUGUGUCGAUGACAGUGGCACUGAGAGAAAGCCUGGUGAUUCAUGGCUUUUGGAGGAUGGCUGCCACUCUGUUCUGUGCCACGCCAACGGGGCAGUGACACUGCAAAGCCACAAAGUAAGCUGUGACAGACUGGAGCCGCCUGCCUGCAGGAACAAUAUGCCACCUGUCAGAGUGCAGGGGACUUGCGGCUGCCACUGGGAAUGCCCUUGCAUGUGCAUGGGCAGCUCCACCAAUCACGUGGUGAGGUUUGAUGGUGUGGCUCUUAGGCUGCAUGGACAGGGUUUGUGCUCCUACACAAUUUUAAAUAUCACCAGUGGUGUCAGUGCGGGGUCAGAGGUCAAACUCCACAAUGGACCCUGUCAGGGCUCAGAAAAUUACAAUCAGAUCUGCAUGAAAUCCAUGGAGGUGACCACCGGAGCAAAUAAACUGCUGCUGAAGGAUGAUAUGACGGUAUGGCUUGAUGAGGAACAGCUGGCACUGCCAUGGCGGUAUGGUGGCCUGGAGGUGGUGCGUUUUGGAGGAGUGAUGCUGCAGCUGAAAUCACAGCAUGACUACAUCUUGACUUUCACUCCUCAGAGCAAUGAAUUUACAGUCAGUCUGCUUAGUCCCACCACUGCCUGCCAGACGACUGGACUCUGUGGUAUAUGUGAAGAUGAGAAGGUUAAUGGCUUCUCUUUGCGUAACGGCAGUUCCACGUCUGACCAGCAAGUCUUUAUCACUGACUGGACGGUGUCUGGAGACAGUGCUGUGUGCCUACCGAGGCAGAGGACAUUGUGUCCGUCUGGCACAGCAAUGGGAUGCCAGGCUCUGCGUUCUGAAGUGUUUGAACCAUGUCAUGCACACAUACCAUUUCAAUUGUUCCUUGCCAAAUGUGAGGAGCAGACAUGUGAGCAGUCAGACGUGUGCGAGCUAAUCUCAGUCUACGCGCACCUCUGUAGACAGAGAGGUGUAUGUGUGAACUGGAGGAGCCCUCACUUCUGCCCCAUGCAGUGCCAUAGCUCCAUGGAAUAUGAUGCAUGUCGGACGGGGUGCAUAGAAGACUGUGGUAGCAUACAGGCGUUGCCAGGCGACAGGAUGGUUGCCAGGGGUAACCAGUCCUCAUGUAUGGACACACCUACAGAAGGUUGUUUCUGUACUGGAGCGACUGUUUUGCAUCACGGAGAGUGUGUGUCACCAGAAGUGUGCAGCCAGUGUGUCGACCAACAUGGACACACUCACAUGUUUUUUCAGACUUGGGCGCCAGAUGACAACCCAUGUUUGAUUUGUAUGUGCCUGGACCAACAACACAUUAACUGUACUGCCUGGCCCUGCAGCGACGCUAAAGCCCCGGUGUGUGGACCCUGCGAGAUUCUGAGGGAGAGGAGAGGGUCCAAAUGCUGCCCAGAAUAUGAGUGUGUGUGUGAUCUGGUGAGUUGCACCCUCCCUGAUAUCCCUCACUGCGAAGAUGGUCAAACGCUGGUUCUGAAAAACCCUGGAGAAUGUCAGCCUGUACAUGAGUGCGUUUGCAGAAGGGAAGAGUGUGACGUUCACACGCCCCCUGUUUGUGCCACGCAUCGCCAGCUGUCAGUCACGAAGACCAAAUGCUGUGAUGUGUUUGAGUGUGUGUGUAAUUGCCAGAACUCCACCCACUCCUGUCCUGCUGGGUUUAUCACAUCCUCAUCUACAGACGACUGCGGCUGCACACAGACCAACUGCCGCCCAGAUGAGGUUUGCGUGGCUGGGGGUGUGGUGUACCCAGUGGGCAGCGAGUGGGAAGAUCAAUGCCUGAAAUGCCAGUGCACCCAGCUACAGGACAAAGACACAUUACUGCACAUUGCACAGUGCGCCCCUCCUGUCUGUGAUCAGAACUGUCGGCUUGGUACAUCAUAUACACUGUCAAAAGGCGAGUGCUGUGGGAUGUGCACACCAACUAACUGUGUGGAGUCUGAAGGACAGAUGCGUGGUGAUACGCUGACUGGGGAAAAACUCAGACAGAUUGGUGAAGUCUGGCAGUCUCCAUAUGACAAAUGUGUGUUACAUGAGUGUGUGAGGGUGAACAAUGAAGUGUUCAUCUCUUCAACCAAUGUCAGCUGCUCUGCUAUGGACACUCCAUCCUGUCCUCUUGGAUCUGAGUUACACUGUGAGACGAGGGACUGCUGCCCACAUUGCUACUGUGCACCUUUGGAUGCUUGUGUGCUCAACAACACUGUCAUAGGAGCAGGAGAGAGGCUGAUAUUGGACGUGUGCACACAUUGUGAAUGUAUUGUGGAAGAAGGAGUUGUAAAGAAAUACAGACUGUCCUGUAGGAGGAUCAGCUGUCCCACUUGUCCCAUGGGAUACACAAUGAAAAAGGAACCAGACUCCUGUUGCGGUCACUGUGUUCCAACAGCGUGUUUCGUACAAAAACCAGACGGACAAAUGAUAAGUCUACAGGUGAACACCACGAGCGAGCAAGGCUGUAACUUGUAUAGCUGUGGCUUAAACAGUAAAGGAGAUCUUGUCCUGCAAACCAAAAUAACAACCUGUCCUUCAUUUGACCGUCAAGCCUGUCUUGACCAUGGGGGCAAAGUAAGCCGGAUUGGAACAACCUGUUGUGAGAUGUGUACAGAGCCAGAGUGUCGAAAAAUGGUGGGAACACUAAACUACAUCAGAGUGGAUGAUUGCCAAUCUGAUCGCCAGAUAGAACUACAAUACUGUGAGGGAAAGUGUCGCAGUAAGUCCAUGUAUUCGCUGGAGAGGGCUGCAGUGGAGCAGGAGUGUGUGUGUUGUGCUGCUGUGGAGACGGAGCCGCUGAGUGUUCCCAUACUGUGUGCCAAUGGUACCCACAGCGUCCACACUGUGCUGUCUGUCACCGCAUGUGACUGUGUGUCAAAACACUGCACCUAGAGAAAGAGAGAGAAAUAUAAUGUUUAAUAUGUGCAUCCAAAUCAUGUGCCUGUAAAAUAAUAAACAGUAAACAUUGCCAGUUGCUGCCUGACUAUUUUGAAUGUUUUGGACUUUGUUCUUGAAAAGUUUGAUUUAGAUCAUUAAAUCAAACAAACCCAAGCCACAAAACCUCUAAUAUUGUUUCUCAUGAUUUAACUGAGUCUGGCUCAAUCUGAGUAAAAUCAGAAUCAUAAACAAACAAAGUACAGCUCUACAUUUAGACUGCAUUCACAUUACCACCUGGGUCACAUGCACAUGUGCUCCUAUUUGAACUGAAUCCUUUUUUUUUUUUUUUAGCAGUGUUGUUAAAACAGAACAUUCAUGUCUGAUGUUUUGUGAGUGAUGUGACAAUGCCACAGUGGUUACUUCUCAAAGCAGUGACAUCAGAUUCAAAUUACGUGGAGCUUCAGGUCAGAUUUAUCAGUAAUGUGAAUUUUAAGCUUGUUUGUUUUGAGGUUUUGUGUCACUAAUCUUGCUGACCAGCCUAGAUUCACAUUACCAGCUGAUGUGGCCUGAAUCUAAUUUUCUUCCGGCAUGUUGCACCAAUCUGAACUUUUCAUGUAGUGUGAAUAUCUUGUUCUUGUUUUAUCAGUCUCAAAUUACUUACAUACUGUGCCAGCCGCUAUGAUUAGUUCCUCCCGCUCGCUCUCCUUGGGAUGCAAACUCACAAUCUCUGGCUUGGGAGGUGGACGCUCUUACCAGUCGGCCAAAACCUGGGAGUCCGCCUGAGUCGCCAGAGUAUUCUUUGGCUGCCAGAGGAGUGAGGCCAACUGACUACCAUAUGCACAGCGACUCCUGCUGGCCUCCGUCAUGUAUGCAGUCCUACAUCUGAUUCAGAUCUGAUCAUUAAUACCAUGGCCAUUGAAGUAAUGCUCACAAAAAACACAAGUGUGUAAUGUAAUGUGAGCAUACCUUGAACAUGCUAUGCAGCUCAGAGUUAAUGCUAUUCAAAUCAUUUUCACUCAAUUUUAAUCAAACCUGACUUUGUCAUUGAAAACAAUAAAAAAAAGUCUGUAAUUUCAAAGACAGUUUGCUGAUCUGUUGUUUGGUUUGUGUUUUGUAUGAUAGUUUUGACUCUGGUAACUUUGGUUGUUGUUACGUCUAUUCAUGGUUUCAGUCAUUGAUUAAAGUUUGUGUAGUGUACAUCCA